AUGAGACGCCUUACUGAUGUGGUGCUCUUUAUACACUCGUCAACGGACGUAUGCGGCUGCGGAGCUAGCGACGGACAUCGACAUCGUGACUGCCAGACGCCCAUUAAGGUCGCCAGGCGCACCUACGGCACAAACCGUUUCUUCGCCUCAGCCAAAUUUCUUACGGCCGAGAGCAGCGCCGCCUUUGUCCGCUUCUUCAAGUUCCAGCACACCACCAAUGGAGAGACUUCGUCGGCACCGAAGACCGGCAUUCUCGUGCCUGGGAGAUCUGUGCUCACAUGGCGUCUCCGUCGCGGUUCAGUGUGUGCACAAGGUCUUUCGAGAUGCGCCCGUGACCUCCCCCGUCCAAAGCAGUACGCAUAG